GGGCGCCUUGCUCUGCGACUGACAAAGGGCCCGGCGGGGUCCGGCCGGCCCCAUGGCCAUCCCCAUGGUGCCCAUGGAGACGCAGCUGCAGAGCAUCUUCGAGGAGGUGGUGAAAACAGAAGUAAUUGAAGAAGCUUUUCCUGGUAUGUUUAUGGACACUCCUGAAGAUGAGAGAACCAAACUGAUCAGCUGCCUGGGAGCUUUUAGGCAGUUCUGGAGCAGUCUUUCCCAGGAGUCCCACGAACAGUGCGUCCAGUGGAUUGUAAGAUUUAUUCAUAGCCAGCAUAGUCCUAAAAGAAUUUCUUUUCUUUAUGACUGCCUAGCAAUGGCAGUAGAAACUGGACUUUUGCCACCCAGGAUGGUUUGUGAAUCUCUGAUAAACUCUGAUACGCUUGAAUGGGAAAGGACUCAGUUGUGGGCAUUAACGUUUAAAUUGGUCCGGAAGAUUAUUGGAGGUGUAGACUACAAGGGUGUUCGAGACCUGUUGAAAGUGAUCCUAGAGAAAAUCUUAACAAUUCCAAACACUGUGAGCUCAGCUGUUGUACAGCAGCUUUUAGCAGCAAGAGAGGUGGUAGCCUACAUUUUGGAAAGAAAUGCAUGUUUGUUACCUGCCUACUUUGCAGUUACAGAAAUCAGAAAACUAUACCCCGAAGGAAAACUUCCUCAUUGGUUACUAGGUAAUUUAGUAUCAGAUUUUGUGGAUACCUUCAGACCUACAGCAAGGAUAAAUUCCAUUUGUGGUCGCUGUAGUCUCCUUCCUGUGGUAAAUAACUCAGGUGCCAUGUGUAACUCAUGGAAGCUGGAUCCUACAACCCUUCGUUUUCCUUUGAAAGGUCUCUUACCAUAUGAUAAGGAUCUGUUUGAGCCACAGACUGCUUUGUUGAGAUAUGUGCUGGAACAACCGUAUUCAAGGGAUAUGGUCUGCAAUAUGCUAGGUCUGAAUAAGCAGCACAAGCAACGUUGCCCUGUGCUGGAGGACCAGCUGGUGGAUCUUGUGGUGUAUGCCAUGGAACGAUCUGAGACUGAAGAGAAGUUUGAUGAUGGUGGAACCAGUCAGCUUCUGUGGCAGCAUCUCUCCAGCCAGCUCAUUUUCUUUGUGCUCUUUCAGUUUGCAAGUUUUCCUCAUAUGGUCCUGUCGCUCCAUCAAAAGUUGGCAGGCCGUGGUCUCAUUAAGGGGAGAGACCACUUAAUGUGGGUGCUCCUCCAGUUCAUCUCUGGCAGCAUCCAGAAGAAUGCACUGGCUGACUUCCUCCCAGUUAUGAAGCUUUUUGACCUCCUGUAUCCUGAGAAAGAAUGCAUUCCUGUACCUGAUAUUAACAAACCCCAGUCAACUCAUGCUUUUGCAAUGACCUGCAUUUGGAUUCAUUUGAAUCGGAAGGCCCAUAGUGACAACUCCAAGUUACAGAUUCCCAUUCCUCAUUCUCUCAAACUUCACCAUGAGUUUUUGCAACAGAGUUUAAGGAAUAAAAGUUUACAGAUGAAUGACUACAAAAUUGCCUUGUUGUGCAAUGCUUAUUCAACCAAUUCAGAGUGUUUCACUUUGCCAAUGGGUGUACUAGUAGAGACUAUUUAUGGAAAUGGCAACAUGAGAACACCUCUUCCAGGGACUAACUGUACGGCAUCAGGGUCUAUUACCCCGUUGCCAAUGAACCUCUUGGAUUCACUCACAGUUCAUGCCAAAAUGAGUCUAAUUCAUAGCAUAGCUACAAGGGUGAUUAAGUUGGCCCAUGCAAAAUCUAGUGUGGCCUUGGCUCCUGCUCUUGUGGAAACCUAUAGUCGCCUUUUGGUUUAUAUGGAAAUAGAAUCCUUGGGCAUCAAAGGCUUUAUCAGUCAGCUCCUGCCAACAGUGUUCAAAUCUCACGCAUGGGGAAUUUUGCAUACUCUGCUAGAAAUGUUUAGCUAUCGGAUGCAUCACAUCCAGCCUCAUUACAGAGUCCAGCUCCUCAGCCAUCUUCAUUCCUUGGCUGCUGUGCCACAGACUAAUCAGAACCAGCUUCAUCUGUGUGUUGAGAGCACUGCUCUAAGACUAAUCACAGCUUUGGGCAGCUCGGAAGUCCAACCGCAGUUCACACGGUUCCUCAGCGAUCCCAAAACAGUUCUUUCAGGAGAAUCAGAAGAACUCAACAGGGCUUUGAUCUUAACUCUAGCAAGGGCAACACAUGUGACAGAUUUUUUCACAGGUUCUGAUUCAAUUCAGGGAACUUGGUGCAAGGACAUACUGCAGACUAUCAUGAGUUUUACUCCACAUAACUGGGCAUCACAUACACUAAGCUGUUUCCCAGCUCCUCUGCAGGUGUUCUUCAAGCAGAAUAAUGUACCUCAGGAAAGCCGCUUUAACCUGAAGAAGAAUGUGGAAGAAGAAUACCGAAAGUGGAAGUCUAUGACCAAUGAAAAUGACAUAAUCACACACUUUUCUGCUCAAGGUUCAUCUCCGCUUUUUCUUUGUCUCCUAUGGAAGAUGCUGUUAGACACUGAUCACAUUAAUCAAAUUGGCUUCAGAGUGUUAGAAAGAAUUGGGGCCAGAGCUCUGGUGGCACAUGUCAGAACAUUUGCAGAUUUCUUGGUGUAUGAAUUCUCUACCUCUGCAGGAGGCCAGCAGCUCAAUAAAUGCAUCGAGAUUCUCAAUGACAUGGUGUGGAAAUACAAUAUUGUAACGCUGGAUAGGUUGAUACUGUGUUUGGCUAUGCGUAGUCAUGAAGGAAAUGAAGCUCAAGUCUGUUACUUCAUAAUUCAAUUACUCUUAUUGAAGCCUAAUGAUUUCAGAAACAGAGUGAGUGACUUUGUGAAGGAGAAUUCUCCAGAACACUGGCUGCAGAAUGACUGGCAUACAAAGCACAUGAGUUACCACAAGAAAUAUCCUGAAAAACUUUAUUUCGAGGGCUUGGCAGAGCAAGUCAAUCCACCAGUUCAGAUCCAGCCGCAGUACUUACCAAUUUAUUUUGGAAAUGUAUGCCUGCGCUUUCUGCCAGUGUUUGAUAUUGUAAUUCAUAGAUUUCUGGAAUUGCUUCCAGUGUCUAAAUCACUAGAAACUUUAUUGGAUCAUCUGGGAGGUUUAUACAAGUUUCAUGACCGACCAGUGACUUACCUGUACAACACUCUUCACUAUUAUGAGGGGCAUCUUAGAGAGCGCACAAACCUCAAGAGAAAACUUGUUCAUGCCAUAAUUGGCUCUCUCAAAGAUAAUCGCCCUCUGGGCUGGUGCCUAAGUGAUACCUACCUCAAAUGUGCUAUGAAUCCCCGAGAAGAAAAUCCAUGGGUUCCUGAUGACACUUACUAUUGCAAGCUCAUUGGAAGACUGGUAGACACUAUGGCAGGCAAAUCACCUGGUCCAUUUCCAAAUUGUGACUGGAGAUUCAAUGAGUUUCCUAACCCAGCUGCCCAUGCUCUGCACGUUACCUGUGUUGAGCUUAUGGCUCUGGCUGUUCCAGGGAAGGAGGUGGGCAAUGCUCUACUGAAUGUUGUGCUGAAGAGUCAGCCCCUGGUACCAAGAGAGAACAUCACAGCUUGGAUGAAUGCAAUUGGACUAAUUAUCACAGCCUUACCAGAGCCAUACUGGAUUGUUCUCCAUGAUUGCAUUGUGAAUGUUAUCAACAGUCCCAGCUUGACAUCAGAGACAGAGUGGGUUGGUUACCCAUUCCAGCUGUUUGACUUCACGGCAUGUCACCAGUCUUAUUCUGAGAUGAGCUGUAGCUACACUUUGGCCUUGGCACAUGCUGUCUGGCAUCAUUCUAGCAUUGGACAGCUCUCUCUCAUUCCUAAGUUCCUCACAGAAUCACUGAUACCCAUAGUGAAAACAGAGUUCCAGUUGCUCUACGUUUACCACCUUGUUGGUCCUUUUCUGCAACGGUUCCAGCAGGAGAGGACACGAUGCAUGAUAGAGAUUGGAGUGGCGUUUUAUGAAAUGCUCCUGAAUGCAGAUCGGUACAGCUCCCACCUGAACUACAUGGAUCCUAUAUGUGAUUUUUUGUAUCAUAUGAAGUAUAUGUUUACAGGUGAUAGUGUGAAAGACCAAGUUGAGAAAAUAAUUUGUAAUUUAAGACCUGCUUUGAAACUUCGGUUACGCUUCAUAACACACAUCAGCAAAAUGGAAUCAGCUGCUGUUGCACAACCACCUCUCAGUAAUGGGUCACCAGCACAACAGCCCAGCCAAGUGCCUGUCAAUGUUGCUUUGCCAGUAACCCAGUGAAAUGAAGUGUUUGGCUGACCUUGAUGUGAAGGCUUCCUUCUGUUACUGACCAAGGUGAAACCUCAUCUGAUCUGGAAUCUUAUGUGCUUUAUAAAAGGAAGGAGAACCAUGUGCAGAUUUCUGCUUUGAUUUCUUUUGCAUCAUGAAGCUGCCUAUCACUGUGCGUGUCAGUCUUCUUAGCUAUUUAUGCUAGACACUAUAUGAGGUCUGUGUUGCCUUUCUCUGAAAUCAUUGAGUAACACUUCUCUGCAAACAAAUACAUGGACUUCUGAAGAGUUUACCAUAUUCUGCUCCCUAUCUGAGAUUGAGUCAUGUGGAUUUUUCCUUUUUUCUACCUGUAAUAAGAAAGGACACUCAGUGUGUGUAGCCUGGUAAAAAAUGGCCUUUUAAAAUUUGAGUUCUGCCUUAUUUUCUAUUUUUUAGUCUAGCAGAAGAAUUUAAAUUCUUUUUGUCUUUUGGGCAGACAACUUAAGCCCUUAUACAUAAACACUCCUAGACAGAGAUUGCCUCAAUUUUAUUGAGUUAAUUAUGACAUCUUUACAAAGACUAGGAAUGAACCUUUGAAAAUAUUUGUAAAUUUUGUACAUAUAGAUUACAUUAAGCACACAAGCAAUGGAUUUGAUCUAGUGUCAGUUACUAGACUGUUAGGUUACAGCCCAGAGGCUGUCUCUAAUGAAUCUAUUGGAAGUCUGCAUAUUCAAUUCCAGCUGCACUGGUUCAUAUUCGAUGUUUCCUAUUGGAGGAGGGUGUAGUUUUUAUUAAGUCAAUCAGAUGAAUUUUAUUGAUCUUACCGUAUUUUGGAUUUGUAUAAUAUUCUACUGUAAGGUUUAUGUGUACUGGGCUCAGCAGGUUUUGAUAACAGAAUUGAAAGGCUCAAUGUUUUGUAAAUACUCAUCUUUUUGGACAAAUUUUUAAUUAAAAAAAACUUUAAAAUUCCA